UGAGUGUUGAUGGUAUUUUACCGAAAUGCCACGUGUCAUUGGCAAGCUGUACACUUAGCCACUGAUUUACAGCCUCGAAAACACCCACUUUACUUUAAAUCAAGUGGCUGGAAGCACCGUUACUGUAACGUUAUGUCAUAGUCAGUUUAUUACAUUGCUAGCAUGUAUAACAGACUAGUCCCUCUCUGGCCAGGGGGCCUGCUGUGAUCCGAUCUGUUGCAGCAACAAUAUUUGCAAUGUAAUUAAUGUUCAUACUUAAAAAGAACACCAGACUCUGACAUUUGGGAACAUUGCUGGUACUGUUGACCCUUUGCAGAGGAAUGGCCAAAGAGCAGAAACAAAGCAUGGCACAAACAUUUGUAUUGGCUGGAUCAAAUGGUCACACUACUCAACAAUGGCAGACUGGUCUGAGUAACUUGGUCAAUCAUCCUCCAGGCACUAACCACAUGUCGAGGAUGGCCCGCGUUGCUUCGCAUGUGAGGCAGAAGUGUGCGGCCUAUGUGCUAGCGCUGAGACCGUGGAGCUUCAGUGCCUCGCUCACACCAGUGGCCCUUGGCGGGGCGUUGGCGUACAAACUGGACGGCUCUGUGGACUUGGUCAUUCUGAUGGUGUGUGCAGUGACUGUCCUUGUAGUCCAUGGGGCAGGCAACCUUGUAAACACCUACUAUGACUUCUCCAAAGGGAUUGACCACAAGAAGAGUGACGAUAGGACUCUAGUGGAUGAAAUCUUGGCACCGCAGGAUGUUGUUAUGUUUGGGGCAUUGUUAUAUUCCUUGGGGUGCUUGUGUGCCACCCUGCUCUAUUUUCUGUCUACACUUAGACUGGAGCACCUAGCCCUUAUUUACUUCGGGGGACUGUCCAGCUCUUUUUUAUACACUGGAGGCAUUGGCCUCAAGUACGUGGCCCUGGGAGACGUGGUAAUCCUCAUCACCUUUGGUCCUUUGGCGGUCAUGUUUUCCCAUGCGGUGCAGGUCGGCUAUCUGUCAGUGCUGCCGCUGGUGUACGCCAUCCCGCUGGCCCUAAACACAGAAGCCAUCCUCCACAGCAACAACACUAGAGACAUGGACUCUGACAAGCAGGCGGGCAUCGUCACUCUGGCCAUCCUCAUAGGCCCCACGCUGUCCUACGUUCUGUACAACCUCCUGCUUUUCGUCCCCUACGUGCUCUUCUGCAUCCUCGCUACCCGUUACACCAUCAGCAUGGCGCUGCCUCUGCUCACGCUGCCCAUGGCCUUUCCCCUGGAGAAGCAGUUCCGCAGCCAAUGCUACGCCAAGAUCCCCCAGAAGACGGCCAAGCUCAACCUUCUCAUGGGACUGUUCUACGUGUUUGGGAUAAUUCUGGCACCUCAUGGCAGCUUGCCGUCACUGUGAUUAAUUAGCUUUAAUAUUUCAAAUUUUGUUGUUUUAAUACAGACUAGUUUAUUUACCUAUUUGUAUUUGUACAAAGCUAUCUGAGGGCUUUCCCUGGCUUUAAUUUAUUGUCAUAUUUAUAUGUUGAACAGAUAUUUAGUUUAGGUCCUCCUCUGUGACAAGGUUUAUUCGGAGGUAUAAUUUCAGUAUUAAGCCUGCUGUAAUGUGUUGGUAAAAGUAACAAGUGUUGGCGUCAUUUUGUAUAGGCAGGCAACAUUUUCAUCAUGUAAGGACAAACAAUACCUACAGUUGCCAUAUUUAUUUUUCUCCAAGAUGCAAAAUAACAUGAUACCUAAAAACAUCAAUAAACCAUUAUUCUCAAAAUUG